AUGGAGGCUCAACUUCCGCUGCGCGGGCCACAAUUGGCCGCCAAUGCCAGCGAUGACGAUCCCCCAGCGCCCAACAGCCUAGAAAAGUUUGCUUCCUACGAGUAUGAAGAUCUCAUGCAAGGCGCUCAGGAACUCAUCAGCCUAGCACGCGUCGUGGAGCAGCAGAACCGCCUUGAUGAAGCCGACGAGAUCUACCAAUCGGCGCUGGCCCGGCUUGACAACAUCCUCCAAGACCCCGCAUUGGCCAGCAACGACCAACACCGCGAAGCAGCUGAACAACUGCUGGAGCAAGUUUCGUCGUCCAUUGCCGGCAUCCGUGUCGAUCUCUUUGAGCAUCACCGCCAAGUGGCUGAGGAAUUGGCCGCUCAAGGCGAGCACUUUGCCACGCUUGAGCAAUAUGCCGCGGCCAAGGACUGCUUCAUCGAUUCAUGUGAUCUUUUUAUGGAACUGGAAGCAGAGGCGAUGGAUCGGGAAGUGCGCACCACCAUGAGCUUGCGCGUUAUGGAACUCCUCAAUCGCGCCGAGCAAAUGACAGAAAUGCUCAUGGGUACCACUGGCAGCGUGGCUGACAACGCCUCUCUCAACGGGCCAUUGCCAUCCCAUCGUGACUCAGGUGAAGGUAGCGAAAUGCCUUUGCGGCGACGCUCCUCUAGCUGGCCCAUCACGGUCGAUAGCCCGCCCGUCACCAUCAAUGAAGAGGAGAGCGAACUUUCUGACAUGGAUUCUUUGGCCCGCCUGAGCACUGAGCCGCCCCACCCACCUGCCUUUCGUGGCCGGGCCGGCACCAUUGCUGAUCACAUCAAUCAAGCCCAUGCCGAUCGGCACAGCACCGUCGACAAGGACUCAAAUCAGCAGAGCAGCUCGCGCUGCAGCAGCCGCGAAUCUCGCUCGCUUGCUACCCAAUCCCAUGCCUCCAACACCAACACUCGCCAGCAGAUUGCGGCCCUCAUGACCGAACAAGAUGAAAUGGCCCAACAAAUGCUCAGUCAGAUUUCCGGUGCGGCAUUUGAUUUUGCCACCAGCACCGACUUGCACAUUGAAGACUCGGACCAUUUGGCAUCCUCCAGCACGCCCGUCAAACGCUCCAUCCUCGGUCUUGUGGGUUUCAGCCUCCAGAGCUUGGGUACCCAUUGCCCCCUGCGUGCCUUGGUCAUCAACAGCUUUGAACUCCAGAUCAACUCAGCCCUUGAGCAAUCCCUUGGUGUUGGCCUCUCCCGUCUGCGCCAACUCACCGAACUUGAUCUUAGUCACUCCGGCCUAAAUGCUCGAGGCUGCGAGCUACUCUGCGACAGCAUGGCCGCCAAUCAAAGCCUGGUCACUCUGGUCCUGGACUUUAACACGGUCGGGGAUAUGGGGGUGAGCAGCAUUUGCCGCAAACUUUUAAGCAAGUCAGAGAGCCUCCGCCUCCUCAGUCUCAAGUCUAAUGGCAUUGGACCUGAAGGGUCGGCCACCCUUCGUGAACAACUGGAAACUGGCACCAGUCUUUAUCGCCUCGAUAUCCAGGGCAACCAUAUCGGAUGCGAGGAGGUGGAUCGGUACAUCAUUGGCGACAAAAGUCAGGUCACGCUGAUCACGGACAAGCACGAGCCGCCUCGUGGCCGCGGUGCUCCUACAUGUAAGGUGCCCCACGUCAUGUGCCGACACGUUCAGCUCCUGGCGCUGGCCGCUUUCGGUGAGACGGACCGACGUGGCACCCGUCGCAAAAAACGUGUCGCUCGCAAGCGCACCAGCGAGGAUGACACCCUCCGCAUGCAAACCGCCAAUCAGCCGGCAGCAACCACUCCUGCCUCCGCCAUGUCCGUCGCACUCAACGGUGUCACCCCGAACACCCGUGGUGCACGAUCAAGCGUCGACGGCAGCGUAGAACCAAGCAGCAUACUGCCCAGCGUGACCACGGCGGAGCUGCAGGAAAACUAUGCCGCUACCUUCAAAGAAGCUAUUCGUGAUGUUACGACCCCCAACAUCUUGCUGAUUGGCCAGCGCUUAGUUGGCAAACACAGCGUCAUCAACGCCGCUUUUGGAGCCAAUUUGGAGCGUGAAGAAUGCAUCGACCCGGCACGCCCGGUUGAGUAUCGAGACAACGGCGGUGCUUUCGCCAUGUGGGACACCGUCUCUCUGGACCCGUCGGACGAGCUCGACGCCUCCCUGGGCAUUGGACAGCUCAUUGCCCAACACUCCCCGGUGUGGCAGGCUCUGGAUGAAAAUUAUCUCAAGCAGUUUGCGCGACGCGCUGUUGAGGCCGGAUGCCCCCUCUUUGUGAUCAUCAACAAGGCCGAUACCAUGACACCAAGUCAGCUCCAAACGCUGCGUGAUAGUUGCGACCGAGCUCUCAAGUCGUCCCCGUGUUAUCGUGGCACGUUUACAUGCGUAGCGGAUACGCGGCCGUUGGAACACCAGUUGACCAUGCAACUACGCACAGCAGGCUGUCCAGACGCCGUAUUCGAUAGCAAGCUGCAGGUCAAGCUAGAUGAUGAACUGGACGCUCGCCACUGCCUACCCGAGGUCCUCCAGAUGUCCUGUGACCUUUUGAAACCGACCGUGGCUCACUGUCUGCGCCUGAGCCAUUUGUCAAGCUUGCGACGGAAGGAACUGACAGCUGCAGAUAUCGUUCGCAAUCAGCAGAGCAAGUUUGAACAGGGCGGUGCACAUGCCCGGCUGAAAACGGUGCUGGGCGGCCGUGGGCGUCGUUGGGCCCACGUACAGCUGACCAAGAUGUUGCGCCGCGUGGCUAUUGUGUUUGAUAUUCUACCUUCCCAUAUCUCGGCUGGAGAUGAACCAGAGCUCGGCCGGGAAUUUACCAAGCUUCUGGGGGACUCAUAUGUAGCCCUCACCGCCGCUUCAGGCCACCUGGACUUGCACUCCUUCACGACGCUCAGUGUUUUGUGGAUUUUAAACGUCAAACAAUAUCGUGUGGAUUGCAUGGAGACGGCACUGCAGUCUGAUUUUGCUGUGUCGGAGGUUGAUCGCUCUUCGGCUUUUGCUGCCAUUCUGCGCAAGUGCCGAGUGGGACGUGAAAUAGUCAUGCAGCUUUACGCUGUGGUGACAAAGCACAUUGUACCCGAGACGAGCGAGUCAGAGAACUUGGGCCGUCGACCGGGAUCCAUCGUUAUUCUGCGCAUCAUGGAGGAAUGCAGUGGUCUGCUUUUUGGCAACGUGUCUGAAGGACAGCACAACGCGGCUGCUAAAUUUGUCAAGCAACCCUCCACCGAUGAUCACGCCCCCGUAGAGUACGUUGUGGAAAUGCUCUGCCAGCCGCGAACCAGCACCGAGGUUUGGGACGGCUUCCUGGCCAGCUACCGCACCACCUUCAAGAUCGAGCCUGCAGAUCUGCUGGCGACGUUUGAGCGACAUUUUGCUGCACAUGCAUACAGCGAAAACGCAACAUCGCGCACGACCUGCGAACGAGUGUGCGAGUUCGUUGCUUUCUGGCUGCAACACUACUUCCGCUUCGACUUUGUCACCCAAGAACUUGCGGCAUCCAAAGACAGUGACUCGGCUGAUUUUGUGCUUGAAGCUGCAGUGGAUGAUCUGUCCAGCGCCUUGCCCGACAACUGGCCAUUUGGGAACGACAUGCGGCCCAAUCCGGCGCUGCGUCGUCUCCAUGAAUUCGUGGGCUUGAUCAAAGGCUCGCCGCACGCCGUCAUGGCGCCGUCACUCGUGCGCACGGCCCGUCACUGCAGUGACAACCUCCUUGAGGCGGAGCAGAGUAGUCCUCUGGAUCACGUUCAGCUUUCCAACUUGCGCCUGCAACCCAUGCGCCAGUUUGAUGCUCAACUUUUGGCUGCCCACUUGACAUUUGUGAACUUCUCCCGCUUUGCGCAAAUGUCUCUGCGGGACCUCUUUGCCAGUGCGAGCGUCGAUCGAACCGCCUUUAUCAAGCACGCCAAUCAAAUCACCUACUGGCUAGUUGAUUGCAUUGUCUCUUGCGAUGAUAUCGAGACUCGGACUCGCAUCUUGCUCAAGUGUAUUGAGAUGGCCGACUUUCUGCAAGGUCCAGUCUUGCGAGAUUACCAAGGAUUCAUGGCUGUCAUGACAGCGCUGCAACUAUCCCAUGUGGCUCGCCUCAAACACACCUGGGCGCGGGCGCGCAGCGUGCACCCUGUGUUGAUUGAUCGCUUUGAAGCCAAGCUCGCCCCUUUGGCUGAGCCCGGUAAUGGCAUGUACAACACGAUCAUGGAUCGGGUGGUUGAGGAUCCACGUGGACCUUGUGUGCCUUUUCUGGGAAGCUUUUUGACUGGCAUCGAGCGCACGCGGACCACGGGCAACGCCAAAGCCACCGUUUCUAGCAAAGAGGCAGCUCACGUCCACUUUGAGACAACUGCCAAACUGGCAACCAUGCUUGCCGUCAUCCCCAAGUGCCAGGACGGCGACUACCCCUGGAGUGACCUUGGUCUGCUGCCCUCGUUGGACCAGUUGUUCCGGCACACCAUGUGCACCAUGUACGACUUUGAGACUCGCGCAACGCGCAAUGCGCUCGAGGACCGCCUCAACGCCAAGUCAUUGACGAUAGAGCCCCGCAACGGAUCGCUGCCCUCAGUACCGCGUAGUCGGACCUCCACAGAUGGCUCUAACCCAUGCCGUGGCAGCGUGGACGCGGUUGGCUCGCCCGAGGUCAUGUCUUCCGAUGACGAAGAAGACAUUGUGUCCCAUCGCACUCGCCGAUUCUCAGCCUUGCAGAAUGCUCCAGAGAGCGCGCUCGCCAUAGUGGUGGAGGAGGGUUCGUCACCGCCCAGAGCGCCCUCAAUGCUCUCCGUAGAGGAGGUUCCGCCCAGCACCACAGUCAUGCCUGCACGAUCGCGCCGCACAAGCGGGGAGCGUGGGAUGAUGCGCCAGCCAAACGGAAACGGGCAUCGGCAAUCCGUUCGUCGCCUUCUGAGUCUCUCUCUCUCUCUCUCUCUCUCUCUCUCUCUCUCUUUUCCCCCUGUUCCUCCCGUAAAAAGGACCUCAAGGGUCGCCUUCUCAUGUCUUGUUUGCUUUUCUGUUCGAGUGUGCCGCACCUCGCUGUGCCAGUUGCCCCAGGUUGAAAGACAAAUUGACUACCCGCAAAAGCGCCCCUACCACCCGAUAGAAUAUGACAUUGACGCUGGCAACAUGGCGGGCACUGAUGUCCGAGAGGUGCCCUUGGGCAAGCUCCUAGGCUCGUCACGUCGUGAGGCAUUGACUACUUACACACGAGACAACGUUCAACUGCUUCUCAACUCCAUCAUGCAGCUGCCGGUGGACAAGACAGAGGAAGGAGUGUUUGCCACCAUGCCCCGCCCAGCCAGCCGCAUCCCCCGCGAGAAACCAAUUCCUGAGGAUCGCGCCCAAACUCGCUGGGAAAAGUUUGCCGAAAUGAAGGGCAUUCAAAAGUCAAAGCGUUCACGCAUGGUCUACGAUGAAGCAACUGGCGAAUAUCGCCCUCGCUACGGUUACAAGCGCUCCAAGCAGGAUGACUCUGCUUGGCCUUGGGUUGAGCUCAAAGAUAAUGAAGACCCUUACGUUGACAAAUUCCAAGAGUUGUCUGAUGCCAAAAAGAAUCGCGUCUUGAAAAAUGAGGGACAGCGCAUCAAGAACAUUGCUGCCGCACGAUUGCAAGCAUCCGGCCGUAAAGUGAACCCCGCAGCAAUCAAGAAGGAGCUGAAAACUGCCAUUCAAAUCGGCCGCACCUCGACGGCGUCUGCCGGCGUUUUUGAUACUGACCUCAAGGGCGAGGCCAAGCUGAAGCGCGCUGGCAAACGUGUGCAGCGUGCGGCGGUUACGGGCCUCGAAAGCAAAGAAAAGCAAGCCGCUCUCAAGAUGCUCGAGCGCAUGUCAAAGAAAUCGAGUGGCAUCAGUACUGCGAAAGGUACUAAGAAUACUCAAACGAAGCAGACCGGCUCCAAUAAGAAGAGAAAAUUGUGCCUCUGGUAUAAGGGUAAUGUCAUUGACGUGACUGUGCGCACAGUUCAACCCCCGACCACCUCGCAAGCCUGCAGCAAGGUGGGCGCUGCCCUUCGCCGAGCCGAAAAGGAGAAGCGCGACUACUACACCGGUUUCAAUCAUGGAAAAACUCUGAUCGUCCCUGCGGCGAUGACGACAACCGAUCUGCUUGGUCAGCUCGCCCGCUGCGCCGAGGCUCGUGGCGUGUACCAGCCGGGGCUGGAUGAGGCGUUUGUUCCUCGGUGGAAGGGUCGCUUUGCGGCGCUGGUCCAUCAGAUGAACGCUGACAACAUCCAGCGCCACUUUGGCGGUGUCUACCUGCGCUCGUCGUAG